CCUCCCACACAUCGUGAAAAUCGCGACAGGGGCAGUCCUAGCAAGCGAGCGCCGGUUACGAAUACUUUCGACUCCUUUCUCUCAGUUUACUAAUUCACUCGGCUCACAACGUGCUACGUCUUGCAAUCGGUCUCUACAAUUUCCCUCCACCAAACAACGAGAACAUCCUUCAUCAAUCCAGUUCUUAUCAACUUAUCAACACCCCGAGCUUCAACUAUGGCAGACGUUCCUCUCUAUGUGGUCUCUGACUACGCCUCCGCCGAGAGACGGAUUACUCCGUCGUGGUCCAUAUCGCAGCUCAAGACCAAGCUUGAACCCAUUACCGGCAUCCCCCCCUCGUGCCAGCAGAUCUUUCUCAAGACGUCAUCCAGUGAAAAGAUUGCGGUCGAGGCUCCAGACGAGGAGUCGGUUUAUCUACAGCAGUUUCCCCUCACCCCUUAUGCCGAGUUGCUGAUCGUCGACACGAGACCCGCCUCCGCAAGGCCCAACUUCUCAAGCACGGCCGGUGUUGAGAAGUACGUGUUGCCCGAGGAGGAAUACGAAAAGAAAGCGGAUUCUGUCCUCGCCUGGAAGAAGACGGAGAAGCUGGGGCGUUUCGACCCUAACGCUGCGAAUCAUGAGCAAGCAAAGAUAACCGCCAUUUCUCAAGAGAUCGAAGCCAGGGGCAUCGCCGUGGGAAAGCGCUGCCAGGUCGGCGAAGACGACUCUAGACGGGGGGAAAUCAAGUAUGUGGGCGAUGUGAAGGAAAUCCCCGGCCUGGGUGCUUGGGUCGGCGUCCACCUGGAUGAGCCAGUUGGCAAGAACGAUGGGAGCAUUGGUGGCUCCCGCUACUGGGGCGAAGAAUCGCAACUCAAGCACGGCGUGUUCGUUCGCCCGGAGCGGGUUGAGGUUGGCGACUUCCCAGCGCUGAAUGACCUCGAAGACAUGGAGGAGAUUUGAGCGGUCGGUCACCGGCGCGGUUGCCUGCACAAUGGAAGCGUUAUAAUGCGUGGCGUCACCCCAAUCCCCACAUUGUUGGUUGCCGCAACGCUUGAUGCUCCCCGGCCUGCCUUUAAGUCUUUCUCAUGCGCAAUUGCCUGCUCUCAUCUCGGUCUGUGCAUACAAGGUAAGCUUGGGCACAGCAACCACCAAUUGACCGCCUGGUAUCCAUCUGACAAGCCACCCGGAGCAGACUGUUGCGCAGUUCCACCCUGUCAAAAUGGUGGCC